GUUUUUGUAAUUCACUCGACGACUCAAAUUGCUCUUGUUUCGAUCAUCUUUAUGCAAGAACUGAGGUUUGAUUUAUGUUUGGGGCAGGCACUGUCACUUAAUGGCGUCAUCUGAAACUAAAAGCUACGCAAGGAGAGAUCGUCUUCUUGAAAUUGAGGUAGCAGUUCGAAAAUGGUGGGAAGAUGAUGAAGUAUUCAAAUCUGAAUCUCGUGAGAAUCUUCCUAAGCCAGAAGAAAAGUUCUUCUCCACUUUUCCUUUCCCUUGUAUGAAUGGUUAUCUACACACUGGCCAUGCCUUCUCACUCUCUAAGGUUGAUUUUGCUUCUGCUUACCAUAGACUAAGAGAUGCCAAUGUGCUUCUUCCUUUUGGUUUCCACUGUACUGGUAUGCCAAUUAAGGCUUCUGCGGAUAAGCUUUCUCGUGAGAUUCAACAGUUUGGUAACCCUCCUGUGUUCUCUGCUCAAGAUGAUACCAUCAAGCAAGCUCCUGAAACUCAGGAGGAGAGUUGUGAUAUGCUGAUAAAGGAGGCACUUAAGAAUGGGUUUUACGACUUACAAGCUGCACGAGAUGAGUAUGGACUCUCUUGUGGCAGUGGCGGUAUGAACCAUGAUUUGAUACUGCACUUCAUGGAUGUGCAAACACACCUCAUUGAACCAAUCCGUCCCCAGUUUGCAGAAUAUGUAUGGAGGAAACUUUUUAAGAAGGAAGGUUGUGUGGUAACAGCAGGCUGGCCUACAUCAGAUGAGCCAGAUUUGGUUCUCAAGAGUGCUAACAAAUAUUUGCAAGAUUCUAUAGUCUUAAUGAGAAAGCUUCUACAAAAACAGCUCUUAGAGAUACUUGCAGAACGAAGGGAGAUAUUGCAGAAGGAGGGACAAUCAGAAAACUUUAAACAAAUUCAGAAGCUUUGCAUGCCUUUCCUUAAAUUUAAGAAGGACGAGGCAAUAUCUAUUGGCCCUCAGGCUCUAAAGUUGAGGUUGCCUUUUGGAGAGAUUGAAGUCCUUCAGAGUAACAUGGACUUGAUCAAGCGGCAAGAGAAUCCUCCAUCUCCGGGCAAUCCAACUGCCAUCUUUGUGACCAGGCACCAUUCCAUCAUUUCUCGUAUAGCCGAUUGGGAAGGCAUUAAGAAGUCACGUUCAGUUCGAGAGUUUGACAACUACGCCACCAGACUUGUUGCCAAAUUCGAUACAACUGAUACAUACUAUAGACGUUCAAGCAGUGCGCAAUAUGUGGGAAAUGUCUCUGUUCCACUCCUUUGUACCAGUGCUUUGGACGAUCCAGUUUGUAAUAGGGAAGCUAUUCCUUGGGAUGAAUGUAGUAGCACGCUGCGAUGGGUCUUCAUGUAUCAUGAAACUGAUAUUCCAAUGUCUCAAAUUUUGCAGGGCAAACAAAACAUAGUUCUGGCAACCACAACACAUGGUGGUCAUCUUGCUUACUAUGAAGGGAUGACAGCAACAAGCAUGUGGUGGGCAAGGGCUGUGCAAGAAUAUUUUGAAGUGCUACUCUCCAGCCCCUUUGCAGACAGAAGACGGAAGAUGCAGAUCAUCCCCGAACCAGUGGGAUCUUUGAUUGAUCAAGGACCAUUCGUGGAUGCUAGAGAAGACAGGAUGGUUGUUGCUGCAAGUGAAGUGGACACAAGAAGAGCUGAUGCAGAACAAGAGGAUAGUGCUCAAAUUGAUGAAAAGACAAGUAAUCAUCCACAUAAGGUCAAUACUCCACAAGUUUAUAGCAGUUUACUUGGUCCUUUGAAGAAGAGGGUGGAUGAGCUUUCGAGAUACAGCCGGAAGUCGAUUUGGCUAUUGGCAUACAUUGCUAUAGUAACGACGUGGCCACUUCUAGGACCUGCAUUGUUGUUAUCAAUCAAGAAAAGAUUUAGGGAGAUCAUCGAAAAAUAGAAAUCAUAUUCCACUACUAGUGCAAAGUAACUAUAUAGAAGAUGACUUAUGCCGUUAAUACUUUUUCUUGUAACCUACUUGAGAAUAAGCCUGCAAUAAGCUAUUCGCCGUCAAUAUUAUACAAAACUCUCUCAGGACUUUACCAUCUCAACAUCAAGAUGCAAAGAACAAAGUAGUGUGCAUAGAUUAGUUUUCUUGUAUGAGAUUGUAGGCUUAUAAAAGCUAAGUAAUCAA